UAGUCAUUCGAAUUUCUGCUUGAUAACAUUGUCCGUCGAUUAUCUUGUAAUUUUAUCGUUUAAUAUUAUUUUAUUUGAGCAUAUUUUAUUGCAAUUGUUUAGAAAUAUAAAAGGGAGACCAAGAUUUCGAUUGAAUUGUGCAGCAAGUGGUAGUCAAAAUGCAAAUUUUCGUGAAGACCCUCACUGGUAAGACGAUAACCUUGGAGGUUGAGCCUUCCGACACCAUUGAAAAUGUAAAAGCUAAGAUUCAGGACAAGGAAGGUAUUCCUCCAGACCAGCAGCGUCUGAUCUUUGCGGGUAAGCAGCUUGAAGAUGGUAGAACCCUGUCCGACUACAACAUCCAGAAGGAAUCUACUCUUCACUUGGUGCUGCGUCUGCGAGGAGGUAUGCAGAUCUUCGUCAAGACCUUGACUGGGAAAACUAUCACCUUGGAAGUUGAGCCUUCUGACACAAUUGAGAAUGUAAAGGCCAAGAUUCAGGACAAGGAAGGAAUCCCCCCAGACCAGCAGCGUCUCAUUUUCGCAGGAAAACAAUUGGAAGAUGGAAGAACCCUGUCCGACUACAACAUCCAGAAAGAAUCUACUCUUCACUUGGUUCUCCGGCUUCGUGGAGGUAUGCAGAUUUUUGUUAAGACCUUGACAGGUAAAACAAUAACUCUGGAAGUAGAGCCUUCUGAUACAAUUGAGAAUGUGAAGGCCAAGAUUCAGGAUAAGGAAGGUAUUCCCCCAGACCAGCAGCGUCUCAUAUUUGCUGGUAAACAGCUAGAGGAUGGAAGAACCUUGUCAGACUACAACAUCCAGAAGGAAUCUACUCUUCACUUGGUGCUGCGUCUGCGAGGAGGUAUGCAGAUCUUCGUCAAGACCUUGACUGGUAAAACUAUCACCUUGGAAGUCGAGCCUUCCGAUACAAUUGAGAAUGUAAAGGCCAAGAUCCAGGAUAAGGAAGGAAUCCCUCCAGACCAGCAGCGUUUGAUCUUUGCUGGUAAACAGCUUGAAGAUGGAAGAACUCUUUCUGACUACAAUAUCCAGAAAGAGUCAACUCUCCACUUGGUGCUGCGCCUUCGUGGAGGCAUGCAGAUUUUUGUCAAGACCCUGACAGGUAAAACUAUCACACUGGAAGUGGAGCCUUCUGAUACAAUUGAGAAUGUUAAGGCCAAGAUUCAGGACAAGGAAGGAAUCCCCCCAGACCAGCAGCGUCUGAUCUUUGCCGGUAAGCAGCUUGAGGAUGGAAGAACCCUGUCCGACUACAACAUCCAGAAGGAAUCUACUCUUCACUUGGUGCUGCGUCUGCGAGGAGGUAUGCAGAUCUUCGUCAAGACCUUGACUGGGAAAACUAUCACCUUGGAAGUUGAGCCUUCUGACACAAUAGAAAAUGUAAAGGCCAAGAUUCAGGACAAGGAAGGAAUCCCCCCAGACCAGCAACGUCUCAUCUUUGCUGGUAAACAGCUAGAGGAUGGAAGAACUCUUUCUGACUACAAUAUCCAGAAAGAGUCUACUCUUCAUUUAGUACUCCGUCUCCGUGGAGGUAUGCAGAUCUUUGUCAAGACCUUGACUGGUAAAACUAUCACCUUAGAAGUCGAGCCUUCUGACACAAUUGAGAAUGUAAAGGCCAAGAUUCAGGACAAGGAAGGUAUCCCCCCAGACCAGCAGCGUCUGAUCUUUGCCGGUAAGCAGCUUGAGGAUGGAAGAACCCUGUCCGACUACAACAUCCAGAAGGAAUCUACUCUUCACUUGGUGCUGCGUCUGCGAGGAGGUAUGCAGAUCUUCGUCAAGACCUUGACUGGUAAAACUAUCACCUUGGAAGUUGAGCCUUCUGACACAAUAGAAAAUGUAAAGGCCAAGAUUCAGGACAAGGAAGGUAUCCCCCCAGAUCAGCAACGUCUCAUCUUUGCUGGUAAACAGCUAGAGGAUGGAAGAACUCUUUCUGACUACAAUAUCCAGAAAGAGUCUACUCUUCAUUUAGUACUCCGUCUCCGUGGAGGUAUGCAGAUCUUUGUCAAGACCUUGACUGGUAAAACUAUCACCUUGGAAGUCGAGCCUUCUGACACAAUUGAGAAUGUAAAGGCCAAGAUUCAGGACAAGGAAGGUAUCCCCCCAGACCAGCAGCGUCUGAUCUUUGCCGGUAAGCAGCUUGAGGAUGGAAGAACCUUGUCCGACUACAACAUCCAGAAGGAAUCUACUCUUCACUUGGUGCUGCGUCUGCGAGGAGGUAUGCAGAUCUUCGUCAAGACCUUGACUGGUAAAACUAUCACCUUGGAAGUUGAGCCUUCUGACACAAUAGAAAAUGUAAAGGCCAAGAUUCAGGACAAGGAAGGUAUCCCCCCAGAUCAGCAACGUCUCAUUUUUGCUGGUAAACAGCUAGAGGAUGGAAGAACUCUUUCUGACUACAAUAUCCAGAAAGAGUCUACUCUUCAUUUAGUACUCCGUCUCCGUGGAGGUAUGCAGAUCUUCGUCAAGACCUUGACUGGUAAAACUAUCACCUUGGAAGUUGAGCCUUCUGACACAAUAGAAAAUGUAAAGGCCAAGAUUCAGGACAAGGAAGGUAUCCCUCCAGACCAGCAACGUCUCAUCUUUGCUGGUAAACAAUUGGAAGAUGGAAGAACUCUUUCUGAUUAUAACAUCCAGAAGGAAUCUACCCUUCACUUGGUGUUGCGUCUCCGUGGUGGAAUUUAAAUGUUCAAUUCGCAAAAGUAAUUAUAUAAUUUGCUUCUCAUUGUAUUUCAAUUGUAUUCAAUCAUUCCAAACUGCUUAAAUAAAUGAUUCUGCAAUGUUAA